UUUCGAUGUUAGCAGACGACGACACUGUCCCUCGCACCCAUAGCCCAUCAAUGUGAAUUUAAGAACUGAACUUUGAUGUUGCAUCCCGUACAGUUCGUCAUUUGAAAUGCAAUUGUUGAAUGUAUUGAAGUUCUGCUCCGUCACGUGCGAAUCGACCUUCAACACUUUGAUGAAAUUCUCGCGGUCGUGUGUGAAACACUCUGCAAAUAACAUGUCAUUUGUCAACUAGAAGAGGUCUUUGCACUCUUCCAAGGACGAGCAAUUGUUUGAAUGUACAAACAAAUAUUAUCGGCGACGUAUGCUAAUUGUUUAUAGUUUACAAACACAGUAAACAGUUGCUUGGUCUGUUGUGAUGGUGAUAAGAUGCUUCGCUAAUUCUUAUCGCAAGAAAGGAGCAUAUGGUCAAUUCGAACAAAUGCAGUUAUUGGAGCCGUAUUUGUUAGUGACUUUGGUGACUAAUUUCCCUUUGCUGGUGUUGGGAAAGUACCGCAGGUGCCACAGAUCAGUAGGAUGGAUACGAUAAAGAGGUUAAAACUGCAGAACCUGAGAGAUGAAAUUGUUCAAGAUCUUGACGUUGACGACAUUGUGGACGGCCUUCUUUCAUCUGGCGUAAUAACUGAAGAGGAACGGGAAAGUAUAUUUUCUGAAAAAACACGAAAAGCCAGAGUACGUCACUUGCUCGAUUUGCUUCCAAGUAAAGGCUCAUGUGCGUUUGAUAAUUUCGUGAGAAAUCUGAAGAAUGAGUACCAGUGGCUUUAUUCAAAGUUAAUAGAGGACACUGAUCCAAGUCAAGAUGAAGAAAAAUUUCUAGAUGCCUUACUGUUAGGUGGAAUACCUCGCACCCCACCACACAACGUAGAAAGACAGGAGACUCUUCUGGAAUUACGUGCGAGUUUAAAGUCUUUAACUCGAGGCAAUUAUAUUGUGUUGCAUGGAAUGACUGGUAGUGGGAAGUCCUGCUUAGCUGCAGCUGCUGUGGAGAAUCUUCCACUGGUUACUAAAUCUUUCAAGAACUGCGUUUUCUGGCUGAGUGUGGGUGAUUCUGGAAGUAAUGUCUUGUCUCAUGUGAAUCACCUUUUGUGCAAGUUGCAAGCUACAGGGAGAGUGUUUCCUGAUGAAUUUCAGAGGCAGGAACUUAUGAAUCUGACUUGGUUCCGAGAAACACUUAAACGAUACUACACAGAUAAAGAUUUAAGAGAAGGUCUUCUUAUAUUGGAUGAUGUCGCCUCAAGUGAUGUCAUUGAUGCAUUUGACAUUGGCUGUAAAAUACUUGUUACAACGAAGGAUCUUGAAGUGAUGAGAAAAGUGCGAGGAAGGAUAAGCAAAACUAUUAAACUGAAUGAUGGUUUCAAAGAAAUAGAGACAUUGUCAUUGUUUGCUAAGUGUAUAAAUCAAACAAUUGAAGAUCUACCCCAUGAGGCAAGACAAAUACAUCGUCUUUGCAAAGGCAUUCCCAUGUUGGUAGCUCUUAUUGGUGCCAAUCUAGAAGAGCACAGUGAAGAUGCGCGUUCUAACAAAGGAAGAUGGAAUAACUUCAUUACAAUGCUUAAAUCAAAACACUACAGCUCCCCUGGACGCAGUACAUUUUACCAAGAUGAACUGUUAAGUGCAGUUGGGAUGUCUGUGGGAAAUCUACCAGAAUAUCAGAAGGAAAGAUUCCAGGAUUUUGCACUAUUUAAAGAAGAUGUGAAUAUCAAACCUGAGGUGCUUCAAGUUCUUUGGUCCCUUAACAAAUAUGAAGUAGAAGAUAUUAUGUCAUAUUUUGUUAAGAAAUCUCUAGCUGUCUCAAAAUGGAAUGAAGAACUCAAUAGUUCUGUGUAUGGAAUUCAUGAUAUUAUCUUGGACUACUUAAAAUUUGGGCUAACAAAGGAAAAGAAAAAGGAACUACAUAGAAAAUUGCUGGAAGCAUACAGUAAAAUCUGUGAUGGUGAUUUUUCAAAAUUACCAAAUGAUAAUUAUAUAUAUACCUACAUUGGUUACCAUAUUGAUGAGGCUGAAAUGUGGGAUUUAUACUCCAACCUUUAUAUAAGUUUACCUUUUGUCCAAGCAAAGUUGAAAGUCACUGGACCAGGUGACCUGCUUCUGGACUACAGAAAAUAUAGGAUUAACAUAGAUAAAGAGCAAGAGGAUUUGAAAGCAGUUGUUGAUGACUUUGAAAGAUUUGUGCACUCCCAUGGUUUGGAUUUGUACAAGUAUCAAGAUCUUGAUGCUGUUCAGUGUGCACUUAAAGAACCUAGACAGAGUUUUGUUUUUAAUGAGGCUUAUAAAAUUGCCAAGGAAUGUAAUACAAGGCUUUACCUUGAACAUAUCCUUAACCAAGAUUUCUCUUCAGACACACAAAGUCUUCCAGUAGAAGGCGAAGCUGUAACUGCCUGUUUUACACAUAGUGAAAAUAAGAUUAUUGUUGGUUGUUAUGAUGGAUCUAUAAAUCUAUUGGCAGUCGACUAUAAACAUAUACUUCACUCAUUUCAAGGCCAUAAGAAGCAGAUAACAUGCCUACAAUGCCACUCAAGUAAUAAAAUAUUCCUGUCAUCUUCAGAAGAUGGUACAGUAAAAUUAUGGAGUUUGGAGGAUAUCAUUGACAAGAAAACAGAGAAACAGAAAUCGGGUGACAGUGGUACUGUCAGAACACCAUCUCCUCGUCUUCGUCAAACUAGUUGGAGUAAUAUGUUUUCUGAAAGUGGGUCGGAUGACAAAAGUAUUUUCACAUUCAGUAAACACAAAGGUGCUGUCUCUUGUGCUUCUUUUGCACACAAAAAGAAUGAAGUGGUGUCAUGUUCUGUUGAUGGAUGUGUGAAGGUGUGGGAUAGUGAAACAGGGGCAGAGAAGUUGCACAUAGAUGUUCCCAAUAAUAGCAAACCUAAUAGCUGCACUUUCUCUAAUGAUGAUACUCUGUUGUAUUUUGGUGGGGAAGAUUCACACCUUUAUGUAUAUAGUGCAGAAUUUGGUACAUUCCUUUCAGGAUUGGGAAAUGAUGGACCAAUAGUGACAAUUUUAGGUAUCCCAGAUUCUGAGUAUGAGGUAAUUGUUGUAACUGAAGAUUCAAUAAUAUGUUGGAGUUGGGAAGGUGUUAACACUACACCUCCUGAAAAUGUCAUAACCAGUGGUGAGAUAACAGCUACAUUGUCACUUGAAGAUUUGGAAAAACAGGUUCUAGGACGCUGUAAAGGCACAACAUUUGUAUGUGCCACAAUAACGGAAGACAGUGAGUUUGUCAUUACUGCAUCUUCAAACCAUAGUGUCUGCAUUUGGGACAUAAAUCCAAACGCACCAUAUAUUGUAAAAGAAUACCAUGACCAAAGUGGGGAUAUAUACUGCCUGAGCUCUAUCAGUGUAGAUAGCAGUAUACACAGAUUUCUGUCAUGUACCAAUAAAAAUGUCAGACUCUGGAAAUUUGAUCCUUCUGCUUCUGGGAAUAAUGUCACUCUUCUAAGCACAUUUGAUGCAUUAUGGCAAAGUGACGACCUUAAUUUUACACUGCCUUUAUUUGCUGUUGCAGACAACACCAACAAAGUACAGGUUCUUCGAGGCAAAGAAUUGGUUUGUGAGUCAUCAAAGGAAGAGACCCAAAUCACAUGCUGCAAAUUUGUUACAACAAACUGUGUUGUAUAUGGAUGUGCAGAUGGUAUGGUAAAACUUUUUGAAGUAGAACCCAACAAAGUUUUGCACAUUAUGAAACUUAAUAAACCAGUGGUAUAUUUGGAUGUCUUUAAGUCUGUAAAAGAAAUAACAAUAACCGCAGGUGAUCAGACUGAGCUGAAGAUGUGGCAUUUAUCUGGUGAAGUACUUCCUUGUUAUGGGAUCAAAGAUCUGGUUGUGAAAUGUUUUUUGUUGUCUGAUACAAGAAAAAUGUUAUCAUGCUCUAAGGAUGGAAGUGUAAAGGUUUCAAGAAUUGAUACCGGGGAAUUGGAAGAAGUGAUAGUUGGCCAAAUACGAGAUGCUACAAUCACUGGUGCUGAUUUCUGCCCUCACCAAGAGAUACUGGCUAUGGCUGACAAAAACAAUUGCUUUCAUAUCAUUUGGCUUACUAAUUCUGAAAGGGAACUCUAUUCUGAAACAAAAAGAGUAUCCAGCCCUCCACAUUGCUGUUGUUUCUCACAAUGUGGUCAGUUGAUAGCACUUGGGCAAGAAAAUGGCAGUAUUUAUAUUUGGAAUGUUACCAAAAAUUCCAUUCACUGUGAACUUAGUCAUCACCGUAGCCGAGUUAAGGAUAUUACAUUUGCACCAGGGGUUCCCGAUGGUGCCCUCCUUGUCAGUGUUGCGGAAACUGUGGCAUGGUGGAGUGCAGCACUGGCACACAAGUGCCAUCCCAACCGAGGUCGUCGCAGGCAGAGCCAACCUCCUUUUAACUUAUCGCUUCUCCCUGUGGAACCAACUCUUGCAGACGUUUGGAUGACCAAAAUUUCUCACACAGGAAAUUGCUAUCUUCUUGGUUGUUUGAAACUUGCAGGUGCUGAUGCUGGACAGAUUGUUUGUUCUCCUGACUUCUCACAAUUUGCUACUGUGGAUUCUGCGGGCUUCAUUUAUUUACUUGGUGUGAUAAACUAGAGGCCAAAAAAUGUGUGUCAUAUAUUUUCCUGUUAGUGAUGUAUUGUUGUGAUGUAAAAUUGUACAGUUCCUUUUUCUUUCCCACUUUUCUGUGCUUUCACAGUGUGAAGAGGAACUCAGGGAAAGUCAUUUCUUUUCUGGUCUCUCGUUUUAGUGUCCAUCUUCCUUUUAAAUUGUAACUCAAUCAUGGGACUGAAUAGUCUGAUUGUGAGAUGAUCCUUUCCUAAUUUGAUGGCGAGAAUAGGCAGUUAAUGUGUCUGUUAGCAAACAAAGAAAAAUUUUAUAAGGUUAUUUUAUAGUGUUAUUUCAUAUUGUAUAUUAUAAUUGUUUAGUAAAUUUUUAUAAGCUUAUUUUAUAGUGUUGUUUCAUGGUAUGUAUUAUAAUUGGGUAAUACAUGUUCAGAUGCUCAGAAUGUGUGUGUGUGACCAGAGUUGAACUCGGUGUUUUAAACAGGCAUCUCAAUGGUGUGAUGAUGUGACAAUAACUCUUUUCUGUCACUAAUUAUGGUGUUCAGUAUUCAGAUGUAGUUUUUCAGUUAAACAUCAAUACCUGUUAUGCAUUUAUGACGUAUGUCAUUAAGAGCUGGGUCUGAGUGCAAUGAUUUGAUUUUGCUAAGGUUCAGUUUUAAGCAUAGGAAGUCGUACUUUUACUACCCUAUUGCCUAUGGGCUGCAUAAGGGAACUGCUGGUGAAAGUGAAGCUGUAAUCCAUAAUUUUGUAAUUCAUUUGGUGCUAUUUCAUUUUUGUAUUAUUAUUAUUAUUAUUAUUAUUAUUAUUAUUAUUAUUAUUACUACUACUACUACUACUGCUAUUAUAUUUUGUCUUCAAAUAAUGGAGUUGUGAAAAAACAGUUACAUGAGUGGAAAACACACACACACACACACACACACACACACACACACACACACACACACACACACACCACCACCACCACCACCACCACUGUAUUGUAUUUCAUAAUUUAAUUUCAGACUGUGAUAUUGGUUUGCACGUGUUACCCUUUUGAUUUUUUAUAGUUUGGUAUGUGAAUAAAUUGCUUUAGUUUUUAACUAAUGUUUUUCUUGGAGAAUAUUAGUUAAAAGUCAACUGUAUUGCUCAAUCUUUUCACACAGAUUAUAUUUAUGAAUGGUAUGUGACAUUACAAUACUGUGUACAGUAUAAAUCUGAAAAUGGGGAUACUAUCAUGCAUAGAUUAAUUGUACUGAUUUACGUUUAGGAAGAAAUUACUUUGUUGUGGGUUUUAUAUGUUGUUUGUUUCAAAUUUUUUUAUGUUUUUGAUUUUUCAUUAAAUAUACUUAACAGGAAUGCACAUGUGUACAGCAAGGAACACACAUUUUUGUCUCUAAAACUGAAACAUUGUUCUGAAAAUUUCUGAACUGAUCCCUCAGUCCAACUAAAAUGCAACUACUCAGUUCUAUUGCAUCAGACAUUUCUAGCACUGUGUUGAUGUUGAAGUAUGAGUGUUACAAAUUAUACGAGCACAUACUUAAGAGGCAUCAAAAUUGAAACUGUGAAGUCAUGGCAUUAGUAAAAUAUAAUAAUAAAAAAUAGCAUCAACAAACUUUGAGCUCAGUGGUGGCUGAUGCCUAAAAUGAAUGGGGGCUCACUACUUUUACUGCAUUAUGCAGUUGAAUUUUCUAAAUUACUUAAAAUAUUUCUGUAGCUAUAAAGUUAUCUUAAAAUGGACCUGACUACAUUCAUGGGGCUGAAUCUCUUGUAGAGGUAUAUUUAUGUAGAAAGUCCAUCCUCCAUUCCUUUUUUUUCCAUCUGUCGAUGACUCUCUCAUUGAAAUCUGGAAGCCUAUGGAUCAUUUCCUCUAUAGAUAGCAUGGAAAGAGCAGGCGGCUUAGUGAAGUACUGGAAAACAGUUUUACUUGUGUAUUUUGACUUGUAGCUUGGGCAAGGUUUAGUUCAAUUGGUGUGCAUAACAAUGCACAUCAUAUGCAAAAUGAUACUCUUCUCUUACAAUUGUUCGGAUACUUGUAUGUUGGCUGCACAUGAAUCAGGCACCAGCACAAAUUUGAGGUUUACUUUUUCUUCCUGUUCUUGGGCAGCAUCAGCCUGGACAUUUUUAAUACAAUCUGCUAAGAAGGAAUCUUUAUUUAAAAGGAGAUUUAACAAUAUCCAAAACUGUUCAAGAGGCUGUCCAGAAGAUAAUAGGUAUUGAAAUACUGCAACCAACUGAAAUUUUCUGUUGUAGCUGUUUCUGCAUUAAUUUUUUCAUGACAGUCAUGUAACAUACACCCUAGUAAAUCAUUUUGUAUAUCCUUGAAUGUACACUUAAAAACUGUAUCAUUGCUCAUGUGCUGUUUUGUAACAGCGUCUAAAGCUGAUGGGAAAUUUAUUAGCCCUCUGAAUAUUCCACGAUCAUUAAAUUCUGAUGUUUCAUCAUGCCCAUAUAAGACAAGUUCAAACUCACCACAGAAUGUAAUACAAUCUGUUAUUUUGGAAAGACCGCAGUGAUUCUUUCUUAUGUUGUCACUGUGUCUUUCUAUAUCCUGUCUGAAAGUUGAGGUAAGCUGUUCUUAAUUUCUAUUUUCCCAAGGACUGAUAUAUCUAAAUAGCAUUCUUACAUGCAAUAGAUUCCUUGUGCUUCUUAACAUUCUGUGUUAGAUGACUUAGAUAUGACAUGUGAGUGCAUGUCCAGCCUGUAUCUUUACCCUUAAUAAACAGCAACCAUGGAAAACAAAAUAGUUUAUUUUUAGAAAUGCAAACAUAAAUCCAACUAUACAUUUAAAGACCUGUGAAAUAUCUUCCUGUGACUUGUUUCCCCUUGUUUUAAUUUGGGCAGAAGCAUUGGCCUACCAAGCUUCUUUUUUUUCACACUUCUCUUACAGGCUUAAAGCUGAGAAAUAUGUUUCUAAAAGAUACUGAACACUGUUCAUUCUUCUUUGAAAACAAACUCCCAGAACAGAUGAAUCUGCAUGGAACACUAAAGCACAAUAAAUAACACCAUUACAGUGAAGGCACACAUGCAAACAGCUCCAGUUGUGGGCUGCAGCCAUUCAGUUCAGGUCAAUUCAUGUGUUUCUACCAGAAUCCAACUUGCAUUUGAGUUGGUUCUUCCACCAGUGCAAAUGCACAUACUUCUAGCAACAUUUCCUCUUGCCCCGCCCUGCCAAAGGAACCCCCUUAAGCUGACUCACAAAGGUUCAGAAGAGAAAUUGAACUUCAUCAGUGCCUGGGCAACACUGAGGCACAUGUGUGUGCUAUCUGAACAACUUAAAAGUUUUUCAGAGAAAAAGUGAUAUAAUAAAUAGGUACAUUUACAUAUUUCACAAUCAACUUUUUCUGGUGGUUCACUGAAGCACUGAAAACAUAGGGUGUGCCAUCGCUGCUUGAGCUGUUAAAACAUGUGACUGCUGCUUCAGGAACUGAAGCUUAUGCAGCAUAUGUGAAGAAGUUUAGCAAAGUAGUUCACAUUUCAAAAGGAUGAAAAUCCACUCAAAACUACAUGUCAGAAGAGAUGACAAGAUACACACCAGGAAUCAGAAAUAACAAUGGAGUGUAACAGCAGGUGUAACAGACAACCAACCAAUUGCAAUAAAUGGUGGUUUUCAAUUAACCUUUACCACAGUUCCAACAGAUUUAAACCCGUCUUCUUCAGAAGGACAAUAAACCUGCAUACAAUGCAAUAAUAUAACUUACAAUCAAAACAUUGUGGACCAAUAUAACGUGUCAAACAGAAACUGCUACCUACAACAUGUUUAGGCAUGUCACAAGCAACAUGUACAUCCAUAUGUAAAAGUUAAGACCCCUAGAAUCAAGGGCUUGUCACAUCAGUAAACCCAAUCUCAUAAAAUACAAGGCCAUGUUAAGAGAGAAAUGCCAACUAAGGGAGAGUGGAGAGCAUGAAUACCAAGAAAAUAAAUCUGAGGCGCAUGUGCUGAUAAACAUGUGCACUUGGCAGCAUAAUAUUGGUCCAUGGUGUUUUGAUUUAAGUUAUGUUAUCGCAUUGUAUGCAGGUUUCUUGUCCUUCUGAGGAAGAUGAGUUUAAAUCUGUUGAAACCGUGGUAAAGGUCAAUUGAAAACUACCAUUUAUUUUAACUGGUUGGGUGUCUAUUACACCUGCUGUUCUGUAACCAUCGCUGUAGUGCAGCCAUGUUCAAAAUAAUGGAGUGUAACACCCAGGGUUCAAAUUCCAUACCAACAGUUACAUCAGUUUUUAUACCUCCUGUAUUAUGUUAAUAUGCAGAGCUAUACAGUAGAAAAACAGGUUGUGAUUACAAGAAGAAAGCAUUUUACAAGGAAGAAAGCUGAAGUCCUUUAGGAGAAUCAAGGAAGGCAUGGAUGAGAAGUGAAAGAGUCAAGGUAGUAGGAAAAUAAUAAGAUGACUUUUAUGGGUGCUUUUUGUGUGGCUGGAGUCUUUUCUUCCCCUCCAUGGAGAGCUGGUUCAGCUUCAUGAAUCUCACUUCUGAUGAUCUCAAUGACCCUCCCAUUGUGGCUGUAAUAGUUAAGUGAGGCAGACUGAUUCCAAUCUACUUAAAAUGACUACAUGAAUCUAGCUAGCUGUUUUCACAGCGUUGAUGUAUAUAGGCCAGAGAAACAAUCCUGUGCCCAACCAUUGACAGUAAUUGGAGCAUCUAGAGCAAGGCUGCCAGCAACAUAUUUAGGCUUCAGAUAGAUUUCAGACUUGUGAAAAGUUACAUUCUUUUAUUGGGCUCCAGUGGCAAAACAAAAGAAAACCUGUGUUGAGUUUCUCAAUAACCUGCUCUGCUCAGUGUAGUCUGUGCAGUCUUUCUACAUAUUUCCCCUUAUCCCACAAUUCCUUCCAUCAGGAAACCUUUGGCAAUGGAAGUUCCUCUUUGUAAUACUUUUAAUGCAUAUAUUGCUGUCAGUUGUACCAAAAGGUACUUCAGUUUCAAUAUUGGAUGAAAGAUUAUCUCAUUAUCUUGUGGCUGUGUUCUUUGAAUGGAUGUAAUGCAGAAUGCAAAACUAAAUACAACUUUUCAUCACUUUCUUUGUAUGAGGUACCACAGCUGUGAAUUUAUUAAAGAGUUUAAAUAAAUACGAAUUAAUUUGAAGUAAAUAUGCAUGCAAAGAUAUACAUAUGGUAUAUUAUUGUAUUAAGAGCUUGUAACUUAAUGCUGAUAAUGUAAAGUGGACAUUCCAGGGUUCAAAUCAAUAUAUUAUAUUUCUUGAUAUUGCACUACAGUUUUUCAUGUUGUUAUUCAGGUGUAUAUUAUGUACCUUUUAGUGCAGUCAUAUUGUUGUGUACCUUCACAUUGUUAUUUUUUGUGAAUAUAGUCAAAUGCUCAUGUUAAUGGCUGGUAAAAUAACAGCCUUAGAAUAUAUUCAUUAAAGCUCAGACACAACCUGACAAAGGCGACAAAUGUUAAUGUGUUGUGAAUAUUUAUUUGUAAGCUGUAAAUUAAUUACCGGACUAAGUGUUCACUAAAAGCAGUAUUAAUGAGGCUUAGCAGUUGAAGAGAUCACAAUGCGAGAAGGGUUUUUAUGGAGAACUUUUAUACUUUUUUAUGAUUUUAUUUCUCUGUUAAUGAUAAUUCUUUUUACGUUGUUCUUUGAUGGCCUCUUUAUGUAGCCAACAAUUUGUUUAAUUUUUUUUACAUGUUUAUAAGACUGUAAAUGACUUUAAUGAUGACAAGGUGGAAUGUAAGAAUUUCAGGAAAUUAAUUCUAAGCCAAACUUUCAUAUGGUAUACCACCAUAUAUUGUAUAUGGUACAAUACUUGUGGAACAUUUUUAUGCUAAAUAUUAUGUAGAUUAUGGGGAAUCUGGUCUCUCUUCUUUGCCCCAUAAGCCAAAGAUUACAAAUCUCUUGGUACUUUGCAACUUGGCACUAACCUGUCUUUGAAUUAAUGAUGAAUUGCAGAGCUGCGGCAUUGCAAGAAACUAUUUCCCAUGGAAACCUAUGCCCAUCUUAAUGACAUUGUCAGCUUCAUCCCAUUCACCUUAACAGUCAUGAAAGUGGUAAAUGUGGUCCAUUAUUUCCCUUGCUGUAUUGCAUUUCCCUAUUCAACAAACUGUAUUGUAAAAGAAGCUGUACACAACAGUCUAAAAGUCUUAAAUAUUCUCUUCAUUACUGAACUGGGGUAGGAAAUUAACAUCCAAUUCAGUGUGAACCCAGUCUCUGGUUUUGAACAUGCAAGAUUAUCGUGUUGAAUAAAUUGUCCCUUUCUGGUCAAAAAUCAGUGCUGAUGGUGCCAUUUCAAACAAGUGAACUUCAUUUACUUUCAGUGGAAUAAAACGUACCAAAUUGCAUUUGUCAUCUGCCUUUCACCACACUUACUUAUCCUUCUUCUUGUUUGCAUGUUAGGGUUGGUUUCCUGCUGAUCAGUUUCAACUGUCUCUUGUCUAUUGUGAUUUUCUAGUAUGAAAACGAUCUUUUGUGUAUAUUCAACCACAGAAUCUAGACUGCUUUUAUCCUAAGAAAAAGAAGGCUGUAUUUAUUUCCAGUUUUAAUGAAGGCAAUAAUGUUGCACCCAGUCUUCUACUUAUUUUAUUUUAUUUUUUAAAUUUUUUUUUUUUUUUUUCAUCAAGUUGUUGGUCUGUCAAGUUGCAUAGCACCAAACUGCAUAGUAACAAUGCAAAAGAUGUUUUUUAAAUAAUCAAGUUUAAUUGGAAGGACAACACAUACCACAUCUGUGGGUUUCAUAUAAAGUAAUUAUGGUAUCAAUAUGAACUCAUAAAAUAUGUUUAGAGUCAACAUAUAAUCUUCUGCCUUCCAUAUAUGGGAAAUUAUUUUUCCCGUGCAUUGUUGCCCCCCUUUCCUCAAUAAACAAACCCCCCUCCUCCCACCCCAAUAAACAAACUUAAAGGUACAUUAUCCUGCCUACUGUCAUAUGACAAUUUAUUUUCUCUUAUGGAGUAACACUUAUUUUAUAACUUAUGAAGGCUGGCUUCAGAUGAUCUGAAGUUGCAAAUAAAUUGAACUCUGUCUCAGUUAGUUGAGUAAUGGAAAUAUGUAUUGUGCUUGGGCUGUAAGAGGCAUUGAUAUAAUGUGGUACAACGGCUGUAUAUAUUAUUCUUUUAUGUGUUGUGGUUUGCUGGAGAUUUCUUGUUUAUAUGUAUUAGUAUGUUGUCAUUAAUAAGUAAAUAGAUAAAAAUACGUUUUUUGGAUGUUACUUAACAUUAUAGCUGUUACACAAUAAUCAAAGUGCCAGUUCCCAAGUUUUUCUUACUUAUCUCCCCCUCUUUCUCCACUUCAUCCCCCCCCCCCCCCCCACACACACACACCUCUUUUCCUCUCUCUCUCUCUCUCUCUCUCUCUGUCUCUCUCUCUCUCUCUCCAGCAAUAUAGAAACAUAUAAUGCUAACUGUUAGUGCUCUCUAUCUGAAUCCAUGAUAUCCAUUUUUAAUCAAUGGACACCACACCUGCUAAAAAAGGAAAUACUAUUUUUGAAAUUGUAAUGUAUUAAUAAUAAUGCAAAGUAUCAACAUAAAGCAAUUUUUUUUUAUAUCGUUUUAGUUGUGUGGUGGGGUUUAAGUUUGUAUUUUAUAUCUUCAGUUUUGUAAUAGUAUUUUAUU